CCGCUAUCCACAGCAUCGAGUGCGUAAUUUUUACGCAUGCGCAAUCGUCACCCGGUACACAAUAUCCGGACGCCAUACACGUGAAUCAAAAUAUCACAAAUAUGAGGAAUCUCCGAGGACGUGGGGGACCUCCGAUGAGGGGAGGGAUGAGACCAUCGCAUCCCCCAUUCAAACCUGGACCUCCAUUCAGAGCAUUUAUCCCCCAUAUACCAUUUGACUUGGUACAGUGCGAGUCAACAUUUCCCCGUGCCAAGACAGCCCCAGAGGAGAAGGCUCUCACUGAGUCCCUGUUAAAGAGGAACACAGACCUAACCCCUACAGCUCAGGAGCAAGCCUCCAUCCUGGCCCUCGUCACCAAGAUUCAGGGCAUCCUGGACAACCUGGUCAUCGCACCCGGCACAUUCGAUGCCGCUCAAGUGGAGGAGGUGCGACAAGUUGGAUCUUUCAAGAAAGGCACCAUGAUGGGCGGUCACAAUGUUGCAGAUAUUGUUGUCAUGCUGAAGACUCUACCUACAAAGGAAGCGGUGGCGUCGCUAGGCAACAAAGUAUUGGAAGAACUUAAGGUGCAGGAACCCAAUGAAGUGCUGAGUAUGCUGACAAAUGACUCGGGGUUUGAGAUCAGUUCUGCUGACGCCAGCGUGAAGGGUCUGAUCACCACCAUCCCACCAAACCUGAAGAAGCUGGACCCAGAACUACAUUUGGAUGGUAAGGUGAUGCAGGGUCAUCUAGCAGCUGUCAGACAUGCAAGGUGGUUUGAAGAGAACGCUGUGCACUCAAGCAUCAAGGUGCUGAUUCGACUCCUGCGAGAUCUGAAGAACAGGUUUGAAGGCUUGCAGCCCCUCACACCGUGGAUAAUUGACCUGAUGGGUCACUAUGCCGUGAUGAACAACCCCUCCCGCCAGCCCCUACCCAUCAACGUUGCAUUUAAGCGAUGUCUGCAGCUGCUAGCGGCCGGCUUCUUCCUACCUGGGUCGGUCGGCAUCACAGACCCAUGUGAGCAGGGGACAGUCCGCGUCCACACAGUCAUGACCCUUGAACAACAGGACCAGGUGUGUUUCACGGCUCAGACGUUGCUCAGAGUUCUCAGUCACGGUGGUUUCAAACAGAUCCUUGGCAUGGAGGGCAACUCAAGUAUUGCCACAGAGAUGAGCGUGUGGGAGGGCGUGGUGGUCACCCCAUCAGACAAGGCCUACGAGAAGAUCGAGAGGAAGGAGGGAGAGGAAGAAGAGGAAGAAGGAGGAGACGAUGAAGGCAUGGACACUCAGGAGGGCCAGUAGUGAUUCCAGCUGCUCAGACAAGAUAGAAGCACUGACUAGAAGCCAUUUGCAACAUUGAGAAAAGAAAGACAAAAUUGUUCCAACUAAUAGAAAUCCUGCCAUCAUUAAAAAUACCUCUGUUUUGCGCAACAUGAUCUGUUCAUGUGAAGAGGGCUGUUUAGUUUGUUCUAUCCAGACAAUUAAAUGAUUUCAGAUGGACUGAGAGGCCUACGCUUGUGUGGGUCAUAUGUAUAAUAAGGCUGGUAAAUAGAUGUUUACUAGUCAAAGCUAUUUUGCCCAAGACAAGGGCUUUUUGUGUGGCCUAAUGAGGUCUGUUUGUAUAGAAAUGUAUGCAUUUAGUAUCAUGGUCAAACUCAUACAUUAUUCCCAUCACAUCAUGUCCUAUGCCAUAAAUGCCCCCUGGGGCGGUGGGGGUAGCUUAGUGGUUAAACGUUCGCUCAUCACACCUGAAGACCCGAGGUUCGAUUCCCCACAUGGGUACAAUGUGUGAAGCCCAUUUCUGGUGUCUCGUGGUUUAAAACCAUGCUCACUCUCUCAUAAAUGCGACUCUUUUCUUAAUCUGAUGGCCAUUGCAGUUCUGUGUCAGUGUACGGCAGACAAUCAACCCACCACCAGCAGUGAGUAAAGUACACGCAAAACACAAGACUGUCAUGUCAAUGUAUUAUUGAAAAUUGAUGAUAAUUAGGAUAAGGACUAAUGGCUUCACAGUCUGGUCAAUUUUCAGUGUACAGACAAACCACUGGUCAAGAUAUACCAGGCUACUGGAUACCAUUUUUAUGUGCAUUACCUUUAAAAAAUAUGUCGUUUAUGUGUUAUCGAAUAACCAGCCAUUUCACAAUUACAUCUGUAUAGAACUCCUACAUUGUAUGGCAAAACUUUCACAUGGAAUGUUUAGAUUGUGAAUUUGCAUAUAUUUUUUACUGAUUUUAAAAAACACACACACACACUGGAUAUCCUCGAUCGAAAUGUGGAUGUUGUACAUUGCAAGCAUGUAUGUUUCCUAUUUUACCAUUUUCAUGUUGUCAUUAAAAUCAUCUUUUUGUA